AUAACUAGAUUAAUAAUACGUAUGGUGUGUUGUGUAAGAAAGCAAACAACGUAAACUAACUAAAAUAAAGUAAUCACCAAAUAUCUUAAGUACAUUUUUUUACAAAAAAAAAAAAAAAAAAAAAAGAAUUAAAUGUUUAGUUUGCAAAGAUUUACGAAUUUUAACCGAUCAUUAGUAAAUGGUGUAAAGUUUAGUACGCAAACGUUUCAAAAGUACAAACAGAGCUGUACAGAUCUCACAAAGUUGCCAAAAGCACAAGCCAGGGCAUUCAUCAACAGCUUAGAGGCUGUAAUAUCUGACGGUGAUGGAGUGCUUUGGCUUAACGAUCGCGCCAUACCAGGUUCACCAGAAGCUUUCAAUGCUUUGACGUCGAGGGGGAAAAAAACAUUUAUAUGCACUAAUAAUUCUACCCGUACUCGCAUGUCUCUUAUGGAGAAAGCUUGCGGCAUGGGCUUCAAAGUGACGGUCGAUAAUAUUAUAUCAUCCUCUCAUGCUUUGGCACAAUAUCUUAAGGAUAUGGGUUUCGAUAAACUAGUUUACGUUAUAGGUCGAGAGGGUUUGAUAAAAGAAUUGGCGGCUGUGGGGAUUAAAUAUUUAGACAUCGGUUCAGAUGAUAUGAAAGGCACAGUUAAGGAUAUGAUGAAUACCAUAGAUUUAAAUGAUAACGUGGGCGCUGUAGUGGUGGGUUUUGAUGAAUACUUUAGUUUUCCCAAAUUAACAAAAGCCUGCAGUUAUCUUAUGAAACCGGAUUGUUUACUCUUGGCGACCAAUACCGAUGAACGUUAUCCAGCUGGUGAAAUGAUUCUGCCGGCUACCGGCUGUUUUGUGAGAGCUAUUGAAGCCUGCGCGGAACGGCCCGCUAAGGUAAUGGGGAAACCCAAUAAAGAAUUCUGUGCUGCUCUUUUAAAGAAUGGCUUAAUUAAGCCACAAACUACGUUAAUGGUGGGCGAUAGAGGUAAUACUGAUGUGUUGUUCGGCUAUAAUUGCGGCUUUUAUACUUUAUUCGUUGGCAGUGGCACAAAUACUUUACAAGACAUAGAGAAGUGGCGUCAUUCUACUGAUCGAGAGCUUCACAAACAAGUACCCGAUUUUUAUUUACCAAAAUUAGGAGAUUUAAUGAAAAUAUUGAAAGAUUAAACAAGAAACAACGACGCCAACAACAAUAACAAUAAUAAUAAUAAUAAUGAUAAUAACAACAAUAACAAAUAGCAAAGCACAACAAUACUCAUGGGAGAGAAUAAGAGCAAUUUUAAACAUAAGAUUAGGAAAUAGGUUAAUCACGUGUUUUUUUAUUGUUUAUCAUGUGUUCACAACAAAGUCGGAUAAAAAGAAAGAAAAGUAAAAACCUUCAGAUCUUUUUCAACUGUA